GUUUUAUAUGUAGUAUAAGAGAAUGUGAAUAUUAUAUUCUUAAAACAAUGUUCACGAAAUAUAUGAUUAUUAGUUCUUAGUUUGGCCGUUGGUACCUGGUGGCGCUGAGAUCUUGGAUCGCACAAUGGCUGCCCAUUAGCAGUCCAUAGGUAUAUAGUCAAAGGUUGUAACCGGCUUACUUCCGCCAUUUUCCCCAGAUCAUUCCCUAGAGUGGCAAGCGUUCGUUUACGAGAUUUCUUAUCUCGAGAAAGAAAUGACCAUGGUCUCUCGGAAAUUUGAAUGUGGAAUGUGUUUACCAGUUUCUAACAACUGUCAACGUCUCAUGAUGAUAGUUUUUAUUUUGUAGUAUCUUAAUAGCUAUGUCCUUCAGAUACUUGGCAUUGUUAUUAGGAUUGGAGGAGAGCAUCAGAGAGCAUCACGUUAGAUAUUUAGGGUAUAUUGUAUGAUUGAUAUUAAUUAAAGCAAUUUUAUCGCACGUAGUGAAUGCGUGAAUCACAGAAUGGCUGUCAGUGCGUCCCUUCAUCGUAAUAUUCUUUUAUUAAAUCAAUUGGUACCUCCAAGUGAUGAAUUCAAGAAAGUUUUUCGCGAGGGAAUGUUUGAUAAACCGAAUAUUGCCGGAUUUAUUCACGUUUCGCAGUAUCUCCUAACAAUAUAUGACGCCGAGCGUUUUAAAAAGUUAAUUGAGUGGCCAAUUAUUUGCAAGAAGUCCGAAGCUAAAUAUCGUAAUGACGUCAAAGAUUAUUUGAAUGUUAUUGCAUCAGAGAAUCCUGAUAUAGGAUUCCCAAACAUACUUAUCACGUAUCUGCAUCAUGCUAGUGGCACUAAGUUUACAAUUAUAAUGUGGAAAUUGUCCCAGCUUGCGGUAAAGAAAUAUCUUAUACGUCAAGGUGAACAAGUUACAGAUGCACCAAAAGUAGGUCCUGCCAAUGACUUAACUAAGACGUACUUACAACAGUCCAAGAUAGACAUCGCUCGAGAUGUAUCAAGUCGUCACAGAAGUUGCGCACAGAUGGAAAGUGCCGUGAAUAUUGCAUUGACAGAGGAGAAGGAACAAUUGGCUAAAGUUAAGGCAGAGUUAUUUGACAGGAAACAAUCCCUGGUGAAACAUGCGGCUGCGGCUCCCGUCGCUGCUUCGAUAAAGGAACGUUUAGUGAACGUAGAAGACACGGAGGUUAUAAAAAGUCAGAAUUAUUUCCUUCUUUACAAAAUCGAUUUGUCAUGUGCGUACAAGGCCGCUAAUCAUCAACGUGCGUGGGUUUCAGUGUGGAAAAAGAGCAUCGACGAUAACAUCUGUUACAUACAAAAGCGGUAUGCAAUCUUGAAGGAUUUCGAGAAAACGUGCGAGAAUAUAAGCAGUAUAAUGUCGAAUUUAUCGAGCGACGCGGAGGUACUGGAUGGCAGGCAAUUGGAAAAGGUCGAUUGCUCGCGGCUAUUGGAAUUGCCAUUUCCUCCCGAGAUUCAGCACUGCCUUUAUCACCUGUACGACGGCAACAAAUUGAGAUAUCGCAAUUUCAUUCACCUGUUCACCUUAAUGCUGCGCCAAGUGUAUCAGUGCCUGAGGAAAAGGAACUUGGUGGACCUGUCGCAGUGCCAGUUGCAAGUGGAAGCGAGCGUAGAGGACUUGAGGUCCGUGUACAAUGUGUUCAACACCUUCCUCACGAGCAUCGUGAGCUCGACGGAGGAGGCGCAAAGCGUCUUGUGCGAGAGAAACGUCGGACGCACGUCCGAGGAAGACGUGCUGCCGCUUGUAAAGAACGUGCUGCUCAUGCCGUCGCCUCUCAUCAAGAUCAACACUCAUUACGUGGACGAGAAGGACGAUUUACAUAAAUUACUGCAAUUCACGCCCGCGGAAGUCGCGCACAAAUCGUUGUUCUCGAGGUACAUGCGACACGAUCAGAAUCAGGCGCCGGACCUUAGGAUGAAUUUAUUCGUGUCGCGCAUCAACGUCGACGAUGCAGUAUCGUCAAGCUACAGCGAGAAGCCGAGCACGCGUUUCAUGACGCCCAGGGUGAAUCGCUUGUGCAAAAAGACGACGGGGAAGUACUCCCGCUUAUUUUCCACGUGCGUGAACAAAACUGCGAAAGCCAAUUACAGUCUGAUGUCUCUGCCGUCUACCACGAAGGCUAAUUCCUCCGCUAUCACAAGCGCAACGGGAGAGAUGCCCAAUCUGUCGGAUCUUAACUUGGACAUCACACCGAGAGGUUUCUUCAGUUCGACCGAAGACCCUGCUACGCCGUUAAAACGAAACAUCUUGAAAGAGAUGCCCGAGGAGAAACUAAAAGACGAACGCGAUCGUGAAGUCAAAGUAAAUAAGCCAGAUCUGGAUGAAUUUACGGAGAUACAGUUCGCAACUGAGAAGAACGUAAUUGUAAAACAUGAGAACGCGCACAAGAGAAGGCGGUCCAUUAGUGAUUUGGUAGAGCGUUAUAAGAAACUACUGGAGGCCAGUAAUACCGUUGCAACGAACUUUCAAAGUGAAUGCACGGAGUAUGAAGUUGAAUGAUGAAAGCGUGAGAGAAGUGAGAAAAAAAUUAAAAUAAAAAUCAUGAUUUACAGUU